AUGACUUCUAUUCUCAAUCAGCAAUCUACAGCCUUGCCGAGCCUUCCACUGCAGCUGAGCAAUGUCGAUAAGGUUGUCCAAUCGGUGACAAACGCGACCAAGCGCUUGUCGCAAAUCUCAACAAACACAAACAACUCUGCCAAGAAGAGAAAGGCCCAGAACAAGAUUGGACCCUGGAAAUUGGGUCGAACCUUAGGCCGUGGCUCAACUGGCCGUGUUCGCUUGGCCAAAAAUGUCCGCACAGGAAAACUAGCGGCAGUUAAAAUAGUUCCAAAGCUGAACUUCAAAAAGUUAGAAAACCCAAAAUACAAAAAUAAUGAUGCCACCCGACUUCCAUAUGGAAUUGAGCGUGAAAUCAUUAUUAUGAAGUUGAUUUCGCACCCCAAUAUUAUGGGGUUGUACGAUGUGUGGGAAAACAAGAACGACUUGUACUUGAUCCUUGAGUAUAUUGAAGGUGGUGAAUUAUUUGACUACUUGAUUAAAAGAGGCCGCUUACUGGAGGCAGAGGCCAUCAAUUACUUUAAGCAGAUCAUCCACGGCAUUGGAUACUUGCAUCAGUUUAAUAUCUGCCAUCGGGAUCUAAAGCCAGAAAAUUUAUUGUUGGAUUUCAACAAGAACAUCAAAAUUGCUGAUUUUGGUAUGGCUGCCCUUGAAGUUGACAAGAAACUUUUGGAGACCUCCUGCGGAUCGCCUCACUAUGCUUCACCCGAAAUAGUUGCCGGCAAGAAUUAUCACGGCGCACCUUCUGAUAUUUGGUCCUGUGGUAUCAUCCUUUUCGCUUUGUUGACUGGUCACCUACCGUUUGACGAUGAGAAUAUCCGUAAGUUGCUCAUGAAAGUUCAGAACGGGAGAUUCAUCAUGCCUAGUGAUUUGUCAUGGGAAGCGAAAGAUUUGAUAUCUAGAAUGUUACAGGUUAAUCCUAAUGAUAGGAUCUCCAUUGAAGAUAUCUUGACUCAUCCCUUGUUGACGAAGUAUCCAAGUCCAUCUGACGGCGAAGGUAACGAGUUGAGCGAUUUGAUUCUCCACUCCAACAUCAAACCCAUUCAAUCCAUGGACCAUAUCGACGCGGAAAUCGUCAGGAACUUAUGCAUAUUGUUUCAUAAUUGCCCCGAAGAGCAGAUUAUUAAAUGCUUGUUAUCCCCUAAUAAGUCGCCAGAGAAGAUGUUUUAUUAUUUGUUGAUGAAGUACCGGAAUGAACACUCCUACUCCUCAGGAAGCUAUAAUUAUGUUGACGAAGACACUGACAUCACUCCAUCUGGAUCUAAGCAGACCCUUCCAAGGUCAACUUCAGUUAUAAAGACUACUGUCACUACUCAAACUGGAGAGCAAUUGGUCACUGUUCAAAGAGUUUCUCGAUCUACAUCUUCAUCCUCUUCAACAUCCACGAAGAAUAAGACCCUCUCCAAUAUAACAAAUUCAUCUUUUAGUGCUUCGAAUGCGCACAAGAAGAAGACGUUGUUGAAAAACACAGUAAUUUCUAGAAAGGGUUCUGUGAAUUCCUUCAGAAAUGUGAAGCAAAAGCCCCUUCAGCACCACUCACGCACACAAAAUCUCCCUUUGAAAACGGAAGAGAGGAACGCCAUUCUGAGAAAGUUGACUCCAGGCUUUAUUGAUCUUGACGCUGUCACUCUAGCAGAUGAUAAGACUUCAAACAACAAAGAUACCCGUGAGGAUUAUCAACAUGAUGAAGAAAAUAAAGAAAACGAGGUGAGAUAUGAGAUGGAUCCUUCAAUAAUGCAAUUUGAAAAGGUUUGCCAAGACCUUUUUGGCUCCAAUGUUGACACAAAGUCUAUCUACAACUUAUCGUUAUCCCUAGACAAACGUAAUGUCAGCACCGAGACCUUGAAUAAAUUGAAACUCCUCAAUAGCCGCUUGAGCAAGACUUCAUUAAACCUCCCGAAAGUACCGGAGUUACCUUCCGGGACUCCGCAAAGAACGUUAAGCAAAGCGGAAAGAACAGAGAAGAAGUUAGCCAAAGAAGUCCAAGAGCGAAACGAUGCCCGUGAACGCACAAUGAGAGAAAAGGAAGAACUUUCCGCCAAGUUGAUUGCAGAAAAGAAGAGACAGUCACAGAUUCUUCAAGAGAAGCUGAGAGAGGCUUUACGAAAAAUUAAUGACAUUCAGUCACACCGCAAUAGCUCCGCCCCUCUUCCAAGCCUGGUUCUUUCUUCAUUAGAUCCUAAAAGUAGCGUUAGUCCCCUCUUAAGGGCAAGGUCCUUACAUCAACAAUCGUUUCCAUCAAAGGCAUUGAAUUCCAAAAAUAGCAAAGUUUUACAAAAACUUGGAAUUGAUUUUAAUAGCUUCUCAUCGCCCAGCUCCUGCCGUUCCAGUACACUAUUGAAGACAUCCUCAUCCCGGAAUUUGGCUAACAUUUUGUCUGAUGAUGCUCAUUCCACCGUUAGAGUUGAAGCGAGUAUUUUGAACGAAGCAGAAAAACUGCACGAGCUUGAAGCACCAUCCGAAGAUGCUGCGUCUAUAGCAUCAGCUAAAACAAAGGGGAGCUCUUACUCUCUUCAAAACUCAAAAAGAGAACCAUCGCGUACAAACAUGACCUAUAGAUCAAUGCUUGACGCUAUUGAUGAGCGCGAAUUGAAGGAAACAUCCAUAAUAUUGGAGGGCGACAGUGUCAAUGAAGAAGGGAAUACAACGACAAACUUUGCAAAGGCUUCUACAGAUUCUAACGUUGGUCUCAUACCCAACCCAAGGUUCUCCCGAAUUACUUUCAAUGGAUUGCUCAACGAACCAGUGGCCACAGUAACUACUCAUAAGGAGAGAGAGUCUAAAGCUGCCAGUAAGAAGGUGACUCGACAACUGUUGACUACAAAGAAGGGCAAGGGGCUUAUCGAAAAGGCAAGCUCCAAUGAAUUUCCGGGACUAGGAAUUAAGGUGCCCGUAGUAGACGAAUCGGAACAGCAUGAUACUUCUGGCGAUUACAGCAAGAACUUUGUGUCUAUACCUUCUGUUGAAGAUACAUCCUCUCGUCUAUCUUCCUUCCAAAGGGCAGCAAUCAGCGACGAGAACGCGGAUGAUUCCUCCAACGGUACUUUAGGAGAAGACUUUGAUCUAUCAAAAGACCUAAUCAAUAUGACUAAUGAGUAUGUGUCGGGAAAUAUUGACGCCCCAAUGUCUUCAUCGCAUGUACCUAAAUCAAGAGUUCUUGGAAGAGAAGCUUCUGGCGCACGCAAGGUUAGUGACAAGACUUCUCAUGGAUCCAGAGAUACUCUUGUGGAUGAUGAUCGCAAAGACUUAAUUCUGUCCAUGUACAAGUCGUAUGAGACAUUAUACACUAGUCGAACAAAUGCCCAUGAGCAUGAGAAUGACGAACUUCGAACCAGUUUCAAUGCCGAUAUCGCAAAUGCUGGUGUGUUGGAUACAUCCUCAUUGAGUGAAAACACUCAUGUAUCCUAUGAAAGUCAAAAUAUAUUCAUGGUGGAUGAUAGCGAACCAAAGAAACAAAAGCAGAAGAAGGUGGACGAUGCUGCUGAUGAGACCGGCGAAGAUCUUAUCGUAGAUGAUCACAAUCAUGAAGCGGUAGGGAUUGAGAAACAGGGUACUAUUAAGAGCAGCUUACGAAGAUCGCAUGCAUCAACUCAAAUCUUCAGCACAAUGAAAAUGAGCGAGAAAAUUAACACUGCAGAAAUCAACUCACCAAACCCAUCUGUGGUUCGCCAUGAAAAAUCCAAACCAGUGGUAGACGAGGAAAAGCCAAAUGUUUUCCGUCGGAUUAGUUUGAAGCCGAAGAGAGAAGCUCCGAAGGCACCAGAAGUUCAAGUGUGGGACGAAGAAAAGCUUAAGGGCCAUAAUAGAUUUUCAGGAAUUUCGGUCCGCUCCAAUGCUAAAAAGUUCAUUGCUCCUAGAGAUAAGGAUAGCCCCAGUGUUGGGGGAUGGUUCAGAAAGUUUUUCCAAUCUUUUACCAGAGGAAAUCGUAAUGAUGUUCGUGAAGCAGAUGCGAAGUCAAGUCGACGUGACGUAUACAUCAUAGAAACCUCAGUGGUAGCCCAUGAUCUCAUGAGGAUUAUUAGAAACCAGAUGAAGAUGAAAGAAAUCGAAGGUUCCGUGUCACAUGUGGAAAUCGAUGAGGAAUUCGCAUUGAUCAGUGGAGUAAUUCCUUCCAAGUUUGCACGAGGACGCAAAUUGCACUUCAAAAUCGAGAUAAUUGAUUUGGUUAACUCGUCAUCCUUACACUUACUCAAGAUCAAAGGUUCAAGAACUGGUUUCAAGAACUUGAUCGAAGUUGUGAGCUUUGUAAUCAAACAAGAGGAAGAGGCCAAUGAUUUGCGAAGGUCUUCGGGCUACAAAUUUGAUGGUCAUAAAGCAUAA